GUCAGUCUGGUUUUAGACUGGCUGAGGUGUGACCAUUGCCGUGCCUGAUAUGCAGACUUUCUACCAGCCCUGCCACACCAUCCGUCACCCAGCAGGUCUCUACCUGGACCCCUCCCUGAUGCAGCGACGUGUCCUGGAAGAUCAAGUGGAACUGUGGUGGUUCAGAGAACCACGCCACUCUCUGUUGUGCUAUUGUGCCUCUGUGACCCUCAUAUUGGGGCUGGGCCUCGGUGGCGUAGGCCUCCUCUCCACCACCACCAGCCUGUCCGGGGAUUGGCGCCUCGGGGUGGGCACCAUGCUCUGCCUCUUAGCCCUGGCUGUUCUGCUCAAGCAGCUCUUGAGCUCCGCCAUCCAGGAUAUGAACUGUGUACGAAGCUGGCGUCGGAUUGACCAGCUGAAGAGUGGCGGGAGGGCUGACCCAGCACUGAUGUUGGGUGUGGGACUAGCAGUGAUACUCUGUGGGACGGUGCUUCUCUGUGUGGCCACCAUCGGUAGCCAAGCUCAUGACAGCAAGGAGAUGUUGGUGUCUGGCUUGGUGCUGAUGGCUGCUGGGGCAGGCAUGGCUAUAGCUGUAGUGGGCUACAGUGUGUUCAUCUACCUUAAAAGAAGAAGGGAGCAGAGGAGGAGGAUGAUGAUGAGAAUGGGCAGAGUAAGGAGGCUCGGGAGUCAAACUGUCAGGGUAUUUAACGUCUCAGGAGGACAAAUGAGCCAGGCCAGGAGUGGGACAUUGUCCAGCAGGACCAGCCUGAUCUGAAUGAACUAAAUGGGCAAUAUCACAAACGGAUCAAAGACUCUUUGAAAGCAAAGAUUAAAAUAAUUUUUCUAGCACAUGCACAAAAAGGAAAACAAACUAUUAUUAUUUGAGGAGAGCAUCCAUAGCCUUUUUGUUUCAUUUAGCAUAACUAUGACAACUGUUGAAUAUCAUCAGAAUACUUGCAAAAAGUUUGUAAAAGAACAACAGACUGCUGCUUUUACCAAAAGCUCAGUAAUGUGAUGACUGUUUGAAUACACCAUUUUGAUCCAUCUGAGUAAUUGUGGUUGAAAAUAAAGACUUGGUAAGUGUUCACAUCAAAUCAAAACAUCAUGGUGUUGGAUAUCUUCUCUGUACACAGUAAAUGAAAACAUGGUAUUUAAUUAAAAAUAGUAAAUUGACCUUAAUCAAUUUUUAUCAACCUGCUAUUAACACUUGCUUUUAGAAAGUUACUUGUACUUUGAGGCUGAAAUAUCUUACCAGCUCAGUCUACUUGAGCUGGAUUCAUUUAGAAAAAGUAAGUGUUUGACCUCGGGGUAUGCACACAUCAGUCCUCUAUACGCUAGAUGGUCCAUGUCACACACCCGCAACUGACCAAGUGGAGCUGGACCGAAACAUCGCUUCAACGGCACUUGUGAUUAUUUUUAGCAUAACAGCAAUUCUUGUGUUUGGCACACUCAUUUGGUGAGUAAAUAUUUUACCCUUGUGCAGACCGUUUUGUUUCUGUAAGUCAGGGCCGGUGUUUUGUGCUUGCUAGUAAUGAUGUAUGUAGUGUGAGUGUAUUUGCUGGCAUACACCUUGGCUUACAUUAUUCUUUAAGGUCAUCUUACAGAAUUUGUACAUGGGUUAUAGGCCUAUGUUUUUUUUGUUUAAACUGUCCCCUUCCAGGCUCAGGCAGGUAGUGAUCAAUCCACACAUUCCAUAAUUCCAGCAAUAAAAGGUAUUUUUUACCUAAUAAAUGUGUUAUUAGUGCAUGCUAAAGUAAAAGUGCUUACAUCACAGAAAUUGGAUUAAAACAAAAGAAAAUAAAUUUAAGAAAAUCAAAAUGAAUCUAUCUUGUAAAUGUUAAAAAAUAGUUCAUCAUUAUAGUAUAUUUAAUCAUACAGAAUGUUUAGUGCAUAUUUUGAAUUUCACAUAUUUGAUGUAAUUAGUAUUUCUGGACUGUCUCAAUAGACACGGUGGGUUCGAUUUAUAGUUCAUCAUACCCAGGAUUACUGUUCCAUUGAUGUCUAGCCACAUAAGUGAGUCAUUUACCAUUAAUCAUUUACUAUUUACCUUUUGUACUGCUGUGUUCACUUGUUCUUGUCCUAAAAAAGUUCAAUGAUUAAAAGUUUGAUAUUUUGAUUUUUGCAAGGAUUUUGUGUUUUCUAUAGCUCUGGUAUUUCAAGUCUGACACUGCAUAUUAGUGUUUUUGUCUUUCUAUUUUGCUGGGCUUGAUGGUAAAAUCAUCUUUUCUUUCUUUUCAGAUUUUUUCAGUUUCCUCUGCUGUGGACGUGUAAGUACUGCACAUUUUGUACUGAAAAGAGGGGCUACUUACUUAAGCAUUACCGCUUAAAACAUGGGUGCCACACUUGAAUAUCACCACUACCGUGCCUUCAGAAGGAAUACCUGUGCACAUUUAAAUCUUUCAAUGCACUCAAAGUCCACUUAUCAACAUGGCACGCUCAAAAGGACCUAGGGAACCUGGGUAAAACUGCUUUCCAUUUUCAGCUGUAUGAAUUUGUGGAGCCUUGCUCUGAAGCUGACUUUUUUACCAAUUUCCGAAGACAUAUGAAGCUGAAGCAAAAGAUUUCUUGUCCAUAUCAAGCUUGUAACUUUCAGAGCAAUGUUUAUUUAAGCUUUAACGCACAUAAAAACAAAGAACAUCGAGACCACAA